AUGAUGGACGAGGAGCGAAAUGCACAGUUCGGAGAGAAGGGACUCGAGGAGAACAAGGAGGUUGCUUUCGAUACCUUCGACACUGUCUCGUCCGAGGACUACGCCAAGGAGCGGGCGGCAGUAUCGUCGGCGUACGAGAUCAAGAGCAAACUCAUCAACGAGUGCUUUCAAAACGAGAUCGGGUUCGGGCGAUAUCAGUGGGGAGUGUUCAUGCUCUCCGGACUCGGAUGGAUGGCCGACAACAUCUGGUUGCAAGGUGUAGCCAUCAUCCUCCCACAGAUUCAGGUGGAGCUUCCCGUCACCCACGUCGAAUACACCACACUUGCCUUGUAUGCAGGCCUUAUCGUAGGCGCUUCCACCUGGGGCAUCAUGGCCGAUGUCGUUGGUCGGCGGCUAUCGUUCAAUAUCACGCUGUUCAUCGCCGGCGUGUUCGGGAUUGCUGCGGGUGGCGCGGGCACUUUCACCCAACUGGCGGCUUUGGUUGCUUGUAUCGGAUUUGGGGUUGGCGGCAAUCUACCUGUAGAUGGCGCUAUCUUCCUCGAAGUCAUCCCCAAAACACAUCAAUGGCUUCUGACGCUUCUAUCGGCAUGGUGGGCUCUUGGCCAGCUCUUCGCUUCUCUCGUCGCAUGGCCCCUUAUCGACAACUUCUCCUGCGCAAGUGACGCGGACCCUUGCUUGAAGGCCGAUAACAUGGGCUGGAGAUACUCCGUCUAUACAUUUGGCGGAGUCACCUUCGUGAUGUUCAUCGCGCGCUUCUUCCUGUUCAACUUACAGGAGUCUCCCAAGUUCCUUGUUGCAAAGGGGCGCGAUGAGGAGGCCAUCAAAGUGCUUGAGUACAUCGCCGCGCGCAAUGGUCGUACGAUCACUCUUACCCUCGCCAAGCUUGAAGCAGUUGGUGGCACAUCCGACCAUCCCCGCGGAUUGAGCGCCGUGGAGCUUGUCAGGCAUUCACUAUCCGAACUAUCCUUCAAGCACGUUCAGCCCCUCUUCGCAACACGUACCCUGGCAAUCAACACCAGCCUGACAAUCACUCUCUGGGGUCUGAUCGGGCUUGCAUACCCUCUCUUCAACGGCUUCAUCACGCUCUAUCUCAAGGCGCGCACAUCUGGCGGGAGCGGCAGCAUCAACGAGACCUACCGCAACUACUCCAUCAUCUCCGUCCUCGGUAUCCCCGGCUCCAUCAUCGCGUGUAUCAUCGUCGACCAAACACGACGCAGCCGAUCUGGUCUCGUCCUUGGCGGUCGCAAGUUCGCUAUGGCAGUAUCUACCGCGCUUACAGGAGUCUUCUUGUUCUUGUUCACAACGGCGACGAACCAGGCGGGUGUUCUCGGCUAUAACUGCGCGAGUGCACUCACUUCGAACGCGAUGUAUGGAGUUUUGUAUGCAUACACACCGGAGGUCUUCCCAGCGCCCCAUCGAGGAACUGGAGACGCUCUCGCCAGUGCGACGAACCGAAUAACAGGUAUCCUCGCACCUAUCAUCAAGAUUGCCCUCACCAGCGGAGAUACGACUGCCUCCAAUGCCAACGCACCCAUCUUCGUCUCUGCGAGUCUGUUCCUCGCGGCCAGCAUCGUGAUGUUGUUGCUACCCAUCGAGACCGCUGGCAAGGCCGCCUUGUAA